AUGAGGCGAGGAACCAAGUGUAUCGCCCAGACCAUCAACCUCUCCAACCCGGAGACAUGCAUCAGGCCGACGAGGAUCCAGAAGCUCGUGGCCGCGGAGGUGACGCAGCCAUGCCCGAACACGUCCUCGGGGUCCUCGUCUUAUUGGACCCCGAGGCUCGUACGGGUCAAAGUUUGCUCGCGGAGGGACAUGGAGAGAACUUGCCCGCCGAAGCUAUGUGACUGCCCGCCGAAGGCACCACCGAAGACGGUCGGCCAUAAGUUCUGCAAAGUCCUUCUGUUCGUUCUGAAAAGCGGCAUCGCGGCUGGCCUCGUUUAUUGGACGCAUUCCGAGGGUCUCUGGGGAUCCAGCGCCGACGUGGAGGACCUCUACUGCAGGAUACUGACCACGAUCUCGCCGCUGUUGCCCAACUACGACGGCGACAAUGUCGAGCUGCCCCGGUUCGGAGACAUGAAGUACAGAAUGAUCCAGAGAUACAAUCGCGCCAUAUGCACGCUUAUGAAUUGCAUAGUAGGAGCGUCGAGCAAGCUGCAAGUGCAGCUCCAGAAGAUCCUGAUCACGCAGGAGAAGAAGGAAGAGAAGGAGGAGAAGAUCGAGGAGAAAUCGCCCGCUAGCGUCACGGACGUUAAGGACGAAGAGAGCUAG